CUGGGACAGUGUGCCAUACCAGAGUGGUGGAGGGGUGGCUACUUUCCAAGUGGUUUUUGUCUCCAAUGUCCAUCGCUCCUUCAUCCUCAUCAACUAUGGAGACAUAGCAGAGACAGAACAAAUGUGGCUGGCUGGUUACAACACAUUGGACUCUGUCCAUUCUUUCACAGUUCCAGUGACAAGCACCCCAGAACUCUCAUCCAGCAGCAAUAUCAAUGUGAAUGGUCGCCACUCUUUCCAUGUUGACGGCUCACCGAACUUGCCAACUAAUUUCCUCGCUUCUGGGGAUGGAGAAAUUGUCAACCCCCGUGCUGAGGAUGGAAGCUCGGAUGUCAUUUUCUUUCAGCAGCCUUUCAAAUACUUUGGACGCACAUACAAUCAGAUAUUCGUGAACAACAACGGCUACCUAACGUUCACCGAGCCGCUGUCAGCCUACAUCCCCUUUCUGGAUUCCGCAAGAGACAUCAUUGCUCCUCUUUGGACUCGCCUUGACAAUCGACAUGGUGGAUCUAUUUCCUAUAGAGAGGAUACAAGCACUGCUGUACUGGCACAAGUCACUGCAGCUGUUAAGCAAUGCUUCCCCAACAUACCAUUUGCUGCUACAUCAGCUUUUGUGGCUACCUGGGACAGUGUACCGUACUAUAAUGGUGGAGGGGUGGUCACUUUCCAAGUGGUUUUAGCGUACAAUGUUCAUCGCUCUUUCAUCCUGAUCUAUUACGGAGAUGUUGCAGAAACUGAACAACCUUGGCUGGCUGGUUAUAACACUGUGGAGUCUGCUAGUUCUUUCACAAUUCCAGCAGCCAGUGUCAAUGAGCUGUAUUCAAGCAAUAAUAUCAAUGUGACUGCUUGCUGGUCUUUCCAUGUUGAUGGCUCGCCAAAAGUGCCAGCUAAUUUCCUACCUUUUGGAAAUGGAGAAAGAGUAACACCCCGUUUGGAUAAUGGAAGCUCUGAAGCCAUUAAAUUGCAGCAGCCUUUCAAGUUUUUUGGACGCACACACAAUCAGACCUUUGUCAACAACAAUGGCCAUCUAACCUUUAAUGAGCCACUGUCCGACUACAUCCCCCUGCUGAAUUCUAGAAGAGACAUCGUUGCUCCUCUCUGGACUCACCUUGACAACAGACAUGGUGGAACUAUCUCCUAUAGAGAGGACACAAGCAGUGUUGUACUGGAGCUAGUCACUGCAGCUGUUAACCAAUACUUCCCUAACCUUACUCUUCCAUUCACUGCUACAUCAGUGUUUGUUGCUACCUGGGAUAGUGUGCCAUACUCCUCUGGUGAAGGGGUAGUUACAUUUCAGCUGGUCUUAAUCUCCAAUGUUGUUCACUCCUUCAUCCUGUUUAACUAUGGAAACAUAGCAGAAACAUUACAACGAUGGCUAGCUCACUAUGACACUGUGGACUUUGCACACUCAUACAAAUUUUCCUUAUCGACGGCCUCUGAAUUGUCAUCCAACAGCAAUGUCAAUGUUAAUGGUCGCUGGGGUUUUCAUGUUUAUGAUGUUUGUGAUACUUUAGGCUGCACUGGAAAUGAGGUUUGCCGUUUUAGAGAUGCCUAUGGCUGUGGUUGCUUGGAAGGACAAAGACAUAAUCCUGAAACCUUUGAUGCCAUGGAGUUUUGUGCAAGCAGCACUGGCUCCUUAUCUCUUUCCCGCUGCCAACUCUUUGAAUCUGGCUUUCCUCCUGAGAUUCUGCAUCUAAAUGAUCCCAGCUGCAAAGGAAUUUCUGAAAAUGGCAGAGUUCUGUUUCAUUUUGACAAUGAAGGCCACGUCUGUGGUACUACUUUAACGAGCAAUAGCACACACUUCAUCUACCAAAACGCCAUUCAUUCUAAAUUGUCAACGGGUGUUAUUACAAGAGAGAGAUGGAUGAACAUUACGUUUUCUUGUGCAUACCCUCUGAUCCAGACCCUCACUAUGCCUAAGGACAUCCAAGCUGAACGAAGUAUUGUAAGCAUAGACCUACCUGGCCAGGGCACAUACCAGAUCCGGAUGAUUCUUAACCAUGAUGCUCAGUUUACCAGCCCAUACGAGGGGGAUGUGGAAGUGCAGGUGAAUCAACAGAUGUAUGUGGCGGUUGAGGUGGAAGGAGUGGAUAGAAGUCAGAUUGCAACAGUUCUGGACAACUGCUGGGCCACACCAGUUAAUUACAUUGACUAUGAAAUCCGCUGGAAUCUGAUUAUUAGAGAAUGUCCCAACCCUGAGGAUGGUACAGUGGAGGUUCUACAGAAUGGAAUUAACACAACAAGCCAUUUCUCCUUCAGGAUGUUUACAUUCACAAGAGGUUCUGAUCAAAUCUUUCUGCACUGUCAAGUUCACCUCUGCCUAGUGCAGAAUGGCACAUGUGCACAGUCAUGCAACCCUGGACGUAGACGCAGAAGGCGCAGAUCUUUGGACUUCUAUCACUCUGCAGCCAUCAGCAUGGGUUUUUUAACAACUGCUGGAUGAAAGAUGAAUGAUAUCAGAAAGAUAAUUUUGUCAUUAUUAUAGUAAUACAUUAUAGUAACGUUAUUAUAGUAAACAUUUUUUUGGG